AUGGACAAUAAGACCACCAUUGGGCUCGUCAACAGAACAACGGCCAAGCCUUCCAGCGGCGCCAUCCGCUGUCUAGCAGCCAAACCCUACAUUGCGGCUGGAAUCCCCCAAGGCCGGCCGCAUAGGGCUUGUAUCCCUCCGGAGCGCGAUGCCGGCAUUUGGCGAAAAAAAAAAAAAACCACCUCGUUGUAA